AUGGGGGCUAAGUUGGUAUGGCAAAUGUAUAGUAAACCGAAACAAAGAUGGGUCAAAAUUCUACAAGCUAAGUAUUUGGACAGUAGGGAAAAGGAAAGGAUUCUAAUAGUGAGAGAUCCCCCGAGUGGGUCAGCUUUGUGGAACUUUUUGAGAUGGAGUUGGAAAGACCCUCGGGAUUUAAAUUUGGGGGGAGUUGAGGAAAGAUACCUGAGUAAGCUCCUGGGUAACCAUGAGGUUUCAUUCUCGAGGGAGGAGGAUGAAAUAGUUUGGUGCGGGUCAAAGAGCGGCUGCCACUUUGUGAAAGUGGGAAUCUCUCUUUUAGAAAGUGAUGUCAAGACGAAGGAGUGGGAAUCUGAGGUUUGUUGGAACAAUGUGUGCCUUUUGAAAGCUAGAGCCUUUGCAUGGCUUGCUAGCAAUAAGUGGAUUCUCUCUAGAGAUCGUCUGAAGAAAAUGGGAUUUGUAGGUCCUUUUCGCUAUGUUCUAUGCGAAAAGGCGGAGGAGGAUGUGGACCAUCUUCUACUAAGUUGUGAUUUCGCUCAGAAGGCGUGGAUUUUUGGGCUACAGAGAUUGAAUUGGAAGGGCCCCAUGGUUGGGAACUUGUGUGACUGGCUUGUUAAUGGGUUGCUGAGGGCUAAUCUUCAGAGUAAGGGCAAUUCAAUCCCAAAGUGGACUCCACCUGAGAAGGGGUGGACUAAGAUCAAUUUUGAUGGAGCGUCGAGGGGCAACCCAGGGACCUCAAGUGUUGGGGUGAUUGCUUGUGAUGAUCGGGGAAACAUUCUGGCCAUUGCAGCCAAAAGAUUGGUGGAUGGAUCAAACAAUGUUGCUAAAUGUCAAGCAGCAUUGGAAGCAAUCCUAAUGGCUAGGAAGUUGGGAGUCAAGAAACUUCAUUUGGAAGGUGAUUCUCAGGUUGUGGUGAAUGGGAUAGCUCGAGGGUGA